AUUCACCCUCAAACAGCGGUUCUGCUCAAGCUCAGAAAGUUUACCAGAUGCUUGGCACCCACACGGCCUCAGGAAUUCUCACAUCCAGGCCACUCAUCUGUCCACAGACAGAGCUACUGCCCCUCCCCAGGACUGACCAGUGACUGGCCGAGCCUCCAACUCAGACCCUCCCACCAACUGGGCCUGGACAGGGUGGCUGCAGCAUUACAGGCCAGCCAAGGAUGGGGGAGGCCGAGCACCAGAGCAGCGCAGUGGGCGGGGCACAGACCCGGCCCAGGUCUCCGUGAUGUCAGCGGGCGCUGGCAGGGAUAGGGGGUCGGCUGUUUUUCUGGAGAGUUAGAGCUGAGUAAGACAAAGCGGAUCGCCGUCCCUGCAAGCGCCAUGGAACUGCUGUCCUGGGUCUUGCUGUGGAAACUGGUGCUUCUUCAGAAGCCCUUAGGGACCGCUGCAGCCAGCAGCUCUGUGGUGUCUGAGUCCGCGGUGAGCUGGGCAGCCGGGACCCAGGCGGUACUGCGCUGCCAGAGCCCGCGCAUGGUGUGGACCCAAGACCGGCUGCAUGACCGCCAACGCGUGGUCCACUGGGACUUAAGCGGUGGCCCUGGCAGCCAAGGGCGCCGACUUGUGGAUAUGUACUCGGCUGGUGAACAGCGCGUGUACGAGUCGCGCGAUCACAGCCGCCUCCUGCUGUCGCCUUCUGCCUUUCACGACGGCAACUUCUCGCUGCUCAUCCGCGCUGUGGAGGAGGGCGACGAAGGAGUGUACACCUGCAACCUGCACCACCACUACUGCCACCUCUACGAGAGCGUAGCCCUACGCCUUGAGGUCACCGACGACCCCCUGUUAAGUCACGCGUACUGGGACGGGGAGAAGGAAGUAUUGGUCGUGGCCCGCGGCGCGCCAGCACUGCUGACCUGCUUGAACCGUGGGCACUUGUGGACUGACCGCCACAUAGAGGAAGCGCAGCAGGUGGUCCAUUGGGACCGCCAGCUACCUGGGGUGCCACACGACCGCGCUGACCGCUUGCUUGACCUGUACGCAUCUGGCGAGCGCCGUGCCUACGGGCCACCCUUCCUGCGUGAUCGCGUAGCAGUGAAUGCUGACGCUUUUGCGCGCGGAGACUUCUCCCUACGCAUAGAUGCGCUGGAGCCUGCAGAUGAGGGCAUCUAUUCCUGCCACCUGCACCACCACUACUGCGGCCUGCACGAGAGACGAGUUUUCCAUUUACGGGUCACCGAGCCCGCCUUUGAGGCGCCAGCUCGGGCCUCUCCGGGCAAUGGGUCUGGUCACAACAGUGGUUCUAGCCCAGGUCCCACUGUAGCCCGAGGCCACAGCGUCAUCAACGUCAUUGUCCCAGAGAACCGCGCACAUUUCUUCCAGCAACUGGGCUAUGUGUUGGCUACGCUGCUGCUCUUCAUCUUGCUGCUCAUCACCGUUGUCUUGGCUACGCGCCAUCGUCACCGUGGCGGAUGUGAGACCUCAGACAAAAAAGCUGAGAAGUCAAAGGGGAAGGAUGUGAACAUGGUGGAGUUUGCUGUGGCCACAAGGGACCACCAGGCUCCUGAUAGGACUGAGGACAUCCCACUAGAUUACAAAAACAACAUCCUGAAGGAGAGAGCUGAGCUGGCCCAUAGCCCGCUGCCCGCGAAGAAUGUAGAUCUGGACAAAGAGUUCAGGAAGGAGUACUGCAAAUAAACGGACCCUGAGCUUCUGGCUGGGCCAGUAGCUGUGUAUCAAAGGACAUCUCCCUGACCCUUCUGUGGUACUCCCGGCUCCUUCUCAGCGGCUGGUCCUGCUUUCCUAGAAACUUGGCCUAAACUUGGCAGAGCAGCUGCCAGCACUUUGCUCUUCCAAGAAUCAUCACCCUCAUCUUGGUGAGCAACUGUGGCUUCCCUGGGGACUCUGCUAUAGUAUGGUUGCUGCCCUUCAAAUCACCUGUGCCCACUGGUGGCUGUACCCCAACUUUAACACAACAAAGAUCCCUUGUUAAUGUCUAUCACACGCAAAGCCCCGCAUGGCCUCUUCCUGCUAAGGUCAGGAAGACACUUAAGCAUUCCAGUUAAGACUCCUCGCCACCAGUUCAACUCACUAGCCACCGUGCUGGGGGUCUUCCUGGACUAUAUAUGCACUAUGCUCAGAGCCCUGCUGUCAUAUGUUUUACUCAUGGGCCCUCCUUGCUGCUUUGGGCCACUUGGUGCCGGCCCAUGGCCCUCUCCUUGCUUCUGAAGUCUUUUGGCAGAAUGCCUUCCAAGAGUUGCACCAACACUUACUGGGUACCAGGUGACUCUUGGCCUUGACAUCCCUCCCUAGGCUAGAGUCUGGGACUUGUCCUCUGUUUUGGGGUGACGAUGGGGUGAAGAGGGAUCUGAGGGGCCUGAGCUGCCACAUCAAACAGCUAUUGUUUGCUCCUGCUGGGGAAGUUUUUAUGUGAUAAUAAAAGACACAUCUGAUUUUUAGCCUUGGC